CGCGCAACAGCUCCACCAACCCAACCGGCGAGUUGCUCACCGGCCGGCCAAAAUCGUCUCAGCCGCCUCUGGAUCUGCGGCCGCGUCGCCUCGUCGCCGGCCAGCAUGGCGCGGGCGCGGCUGGUGAAAGAGCGCCCCGCGAGCACGCCGGCGGACCGGAGGCGGCCGAUCCACUUUGCCGCCUUCCUGCUGCUCGCCGACGCCGCGCUCGUCGCCCUCAUCGUCGCCUUCGUCCCCUAUACCAAGAUCGACUGGGACGCCUACAUGUCUCAGGUGGACGCUUUUCGGGAGGGGGAGAGGGACUACACCAAGAUCGAGGGCGACACCGGGCCGCUGGUCUACCCGGCCGGCUUCCUCUACGUCUACUCCGCCAUCAAGUUCCUCACUGCAGGCCAAGUGUUCCCUGCUCAGAUUCUGUUCGGCGUCUUGUACCUUGUCAACAUGAGCCUUGUUCUGCUGCUCUACGUCAAGACUGAAGUGCUUCCUUGGUGGGCUUUAGGUUUGCUUUGCUUAUCAAAGCGAGUUCACUCCAUCUUUGUGCUCCGUCUUUUCAACGAUUGCGUUGCCAUGACGUUGCUCCAUGCUGCUAUGGUCUUGAUUGUCUAUCACAAGUGGUACCUCGGCCUAAUUAUUUUCAGUGGAGCUGUCUCAGUUAAGAUGAACGUGCUCCUUUUUGCUCCAUCUUUGUUUCUACUAAUGUUGAAGGCCAUGAGUAUCAAAGGAGUUUUUCUUGCUUUGUUGGGAGCUGCAGGAGUACAGGUUUUGUUGGGUAUCCCAUUCUUAUUGUCGCAUCCUGUUGAGUACAUCUCAAGAGCUUUCAAUCUUGGGCGUGUCUUCAUCCAUUUCUGGUCUGUCAACUUUAAGUUUGUUCCUGAGAAGUAUUUUGUAUCAAAAGAGCUAGCUAUUGGGUUAUUGAUUUUUCACCUCACUACUCUUAUGGUGUUUGCACACUACAAGUGGUUUAAGCAUGAAGGUGGUUUGUUCCAUUUUGUGCAUUCCAGAUUUAGAGAUGCUACAUCAAUUCAACAGCUCAUUUCGUGCAAGCCCAGACAGUCCAUUCUCAGUAAAGAGCAUAUUGUGACUGUGAUGUUUGUUGGAAACUUCAUUGGCAUUGUGUGUGCCCGUUCAUUACAUUACCAGUUUUAUUCUUGGUACUUCUAUUCAUUGCCUUUUCUGUUGUGGAGAACAAAGUUUCCAACAGUAGUAAGGAUAAUUUUAUUUGUUGCCGUCGAGCUCUGCUGGAACGUUUAUCCUUCUACCGCCUAUUCGUCACUACUUCUGUUGUUCGCGCACCUCUUCAUCUUGUUCGGCCUAUGGAGUUCGCCUGCCGAGUACCCCUAUGUCGAUAAAAAGGAAAAGGCGGACAGUAAAGAAUCGGGCAAGGCAAUGUGAAGCUUCCCUGCAGGAUAUUGCGAUCUUUUGAUGUAGCAGUAUUACAAGAACCCUGAUACAGACAUCAGAGAGGUCUUCUCUAAAUCUGAAACUAUGUACUUUGACACACUGUACUUUUAGUCUUUUAGUAUGGUUACACUCUUGAUGUGAGUCCAAGUUUCUUAGAGGGACAUCUUGCCAUACCAAAGAUGCAACAUUUGUAACCUGUCAGCAUAGAUGAAAACAGUUUUACCAAAUA